GAAGAAGGGAACAGGGAAGCAUGAUGGAAGACUGUGGAGAGAGGGAAUUCUACUUCUAGUAUGGAUGGUCAGAGUGAGGACAGCCCCACAAAUCAAGGAUGAUGAGGAAGAAAAAGAAAAGGAAUCAAAUUCUGGGCAGUGUGUAGCUGCUGAAGAAAGAUUUCGAAGCAGAUGGUAGAACUUCCAAUUUGACGACUUUGAGGAUGGUUGAUCUCCAUUGACUUGCCUACAGCAAAGAUUCACAGAUCGUUUCCCUCUCUGUCUUCUUAUCUGUACACCCCCUUUUACCUCAUAAAUCUCAGUAAGAGUAGAGUGCAGUAAAAGCAGACUGUUAGAUCUCUCUCUCUCUCUCUCUCUCUCUCUCUCUCUCUGUAUUAGAAUCCCCUAGCCAGAAUCAUCGGCAAGAAAGUCUAGUGCUCCUCUUCCCUUCUGAUCCGUCUCUCUUCACCUCCUACUUUCCAUUGGAGCUCCAAAAAUCGCACCUUUUCCAUCUCUCUCAUGGAUCGCAAGAGCUGUGCCAAGUUGCCACGGGACGUCCCCAAGUUCCAGCAGACCCUGUGCCUCCCUCAGGGAGAUAAGAAAGAACCCACCACAGCCGCGGACUCUGUGGCAUCUGCUGAAAGGAGAGACCUUUUACCUUCCGCAGCCUUGGGUGGUAGAGAGUUACAAGUGGCCGCAGCGAGAGAGAAGGAUGAGCAAAGGCGGCAGCUUGCGCCCAGGAGGAGCUCCAACAAGGACCGGCACACCAAAGUCGACGGCAGGGGGAGAAGGAUCAGGAUGCCCGCCCUCUGCGCCGCCAGGAUCUUUCAGCUCACCCGUGAAUUGGGCCACAAGUCGGACGGGGAGACCGUCCAGUGGCUCCUCCAGCAAGCGGAGCCCUCCAUCAUCGCCGCCACCGGCACGGGCACUAUCCCGGCGUCCGCCCUCGCCGCUGCCUCCACCGGCGCCGCGUACUCCCACCUGGGCGCCAGCGUCCCUGCGGGACUCCACCAGAAGCUCGAUGAAAUGGGACAGAGAGCGGCCGCCGCCGUGCAACCCAACUGGGCCGCAGUCGGGGCUGCCGGCUUGCCUCGGUCGCACCCGGGCUUGUGGCCGACGCCGGUGUGUGGCUUCGAUUCCGGAUUCAUGCGUCCGUCAGCGGCAGCCUCAUCGAGCUCGAACAACGUCGGGGCAGGAGGCGGCGGCAGCGGCGACGCUUCCAUAGGCAGUUUCGUGCAGAGGACGGGGCUGCAUGGGCUGGAAUUGCCAGGCUCCAACCUCAGCGCGAUGAGCUUCGCCUCCAUGCUCGGCGGGCAUGGGCAGCAGCUGCCGGGGCUGGAGCUCGGGCUCUCGCAAGAUGGGCGUAUCGGGGUAUGGAAUCUAGAGGCCAUGGGCCAGAUAUAUCAGCAGAUGGAACCAGGGAGGUUGGUGGCAGGCGCUAAUGGUGCCGGGCAAUGGCAACAGCAGCAGACUCAUCAGUCAGAUGAUUCAUCACAGGGAUCAGAACAGUAGAAGGAAGAAUUCUGGAGGACAGUAUGCAGGAAUUCACAGUACACAACUUAACUAAGUAUUCUUACUUUGCUUGCUAGUUUUUGUUCUUGCAUGCAACUUUAAGUAGAAACCAGAGACAGAGAGAGAGAGACAGGAAGUCACUGAUUCAAUCUUUCUCCACAUCCUUCCUUCCACUGCAAACCCAGCUAUGGUCAGUCAUCAAGCCAGGUAGGUGUAGUAUGAUACCAGAGCUGAAUAGGUCAGCAAUGAGACUUAAGCUAUUUUGUUCAUCUUGAGGUGUGUAGAUAAAAAGAGUUUUGGCCAUAUAGGAUUGUUUUUGUUGUGAGGUACUGAUGAUGGAUGUAUUUGUGUCUUAUAUAAAUUGGUAGCAUAGUGUCUCCUAUGCUUCUCAUUAAGAAUCCUGAGUUAGCUUUAUCAAGUAUUUUUGAAUUCCUAAAAUCAGUUUAUUUGUUAGAUAAAUAAUUCAAAUAUGUAAAGACUUCCAUACAAAGAAAAAUAAAAUAAAAUAAAAUAUUAAAAAAAAUUCUUUAAAGAAUGUAAAAGGAACCUUGAAUUCAGGUUUAACUGGAGGGAACUCCUUAGCAAAUUUAAGAUACAAUAACAUAAUUUACGAUACAAUAACAUAUCACAUAUCAUGUGCCGGUACACGAGAUACUAUAAUUUACGAUAAGAAUGAUACUGACAACCUAGAGCAGGUGAUCCGCUAACAUAUCAUGUGUCGGUACACG